CAAAAAUUUCCAUUCACCGUUAGGACUUCGUCUUGUUCAGUAUCGUAAACUGCAUUUUAUGCACAUACAAAUUGAAUCUCACCAACAUGGCUCAAUUCUUAAUUAAUGUUAUUAAAAUUUUCUUGCCAAUAAUAAUCAGUGGCAAUGUGCUCAUAUCAGUUUGCUCGUCUAAGAGUAUUUCAAAGUGUCCACCUGAUGCUCAUUUCCAUUAUAUUGAUCUCAAUUAUCCUGUAUCCGACAUAAUUCGUCUUCACAAUGCUAUUACCGAUAAUGAUAGAAGUGAAAUAGUCGAUCUUUUUAUUAAUAAACACCUGGGCAAUCGAAAACGUUUGCUGAAAAACUAUUUAAAUGCAUAUGAAAUUAACUUGACGGAUCAUUGCCGAUCAAAGUUAUCCGGAGAUUUUGGAAAUUUGAUAACAUCUUUGGCAAUUCCACCAAAACUAUUUAUUGCUCAUGAACUUCAUAUCGUGUUUUCAAAACCAAUGCGUGACAAUUAUGAUAUUAAUUGCGGAAUUUUUCGGUACCACGACAUCGAAGGUAUUAAAAGAGCUUACCGAUUAGCUUAUAAUGUUGAGAUGGUAAAACAUUUUGAUUACAUAAAUGACACAUCUACCCAUAGGACUUAUUAUUCAGGCAACGGCAUUAAAUUAGAGAUCAGCCAACCUGAUUUUUUUUGCGAACAAUUGCUAGAAGCUUCGAGAGUUUUAGAUUUAGAUCGUUUUACCUUCUUCAUUGUUUUGAGUCUAAACGAUGACAUACUUAAUGAUGUUGACAUUUCUUGUACAAUUAAUUAUAAUAAGCCACUAAAGAGUUUAUUAGAAGAACUUCCCUACGGAGGUUACCGCGAAGCGGUUUCAGCUAUUCUUAAUGCCUCUAGGACUUACGGAGACAAUAUGCUGCGCUCAGAUUGAAGAAAAUUAUUCAACUUAACGAUAAUUAAUUGUGCAGAAUUUAAUUUUAUAUUGUAAUAAAUAAUUAUGAAACUUUUAAUAUAAAUUAAACUUUGAAUUGAACAAAUAAACUGUAACUUUUUUAAAUAAA